AUGGUCGCUUCGAUGAGUUUUGGCCUUCCCAAGCGCCGUGCGCCGCGUGGCCUUGGCAGCCAGCUCGCCAGGGGCGAGGCGGUGCGGGAGGAGCCCGACUGGGCGCGGGUCAGCGGCAUCGUUCCCGUGGCGCUGGGGGACCGGGAGGAGGUUCUGGAAGUGGACCCAGAGUUCGGACCUCGCGUGUACACCUCUACAGGGGACACCACCUUCUUCCACCUGGGCAAUUUGAACUGCUCCAAGAUGAGUGUGCUAGAGAUGCCGCAGAAGCAGUGGAAGGACUUCACUGCCUCGGAGCGGAAGGUGGCCUGCUAUAUGGCGGCGAAGAGAAAUCAAAGUCUCCGCGCUUGGGCGGUCCAGGAGUCUGUAGCGGAUGUGCUGAAGAGGCAGGAGGCUGCAAAGCAGGAGGAGGAGGCCAUGAUCAAGGAGCUGGAGAACAGAUGCGAGGGCGAAAGAAAGAGGGCGGCGGUGCUCUGGCGUCCGGUUUCAUUGGACGACGUGCUGACCAAGCAUUCGAAGAAGUCCCCGGGCAUGUUUUAUGGACUGGAGUUCCCCUGGACCUCGCAGAUGCUGGAAGACUUUGGGCCGAAAUGGCUCACACAGGCCUUCCAGCGCGCAGGUUCCUUGGAAGCCACCAACCGCGUGGUGGAAGUGAAGGUGGAGAACAUCCAGGUGACCGGCGGGAACAACGCAGGGAAGUUCCUGUUCCGGGUGAGAUACGCCAAAGAGCGUGAAGGCCUUCACACCAAGCUCUUCGCAAAGGUCCCACAUCAGCUGACCAAGGAGACCAAGCAGGACCGGCUCAGCAGCUCGGUGUUGAAGCAGCCCAUGGACUUCUGCGAGAUCAACACCUACAGGUUGUCAGAGACCAGACUGCCGACAAAGACUCCGAAGUUCUACUACGGAGACAUCAGCAACGAUACCACCAACUACAUCCUCAUCACCGAGCGGGUGCCCUACGUUGGGACGGACAGGAGGGGCCCGCUGAAGCCCUACGAGGUGGAGGGUCCCUACGACAAGUGCAAGGAUUACCAGCUAAAGGGCGGCGCCAAGGAGUACUACACUCUCAUCAUGCAGGUGAGCGGCCAGAUUGCCGGCGCUGACAAGACCGGGAAGAUGGGCUCGGAGGAAUUCCUGCAGAAGAAUUUCACGACCCCCAGACCGCCUGGGGAUUGGACGGCGUGGGGCGUGGACCCUGUGGGGCCUUCCGGCGGCCCGCCGCAGGGCACCACCGCCAAGCUGACCCAAGCGAUCAGAUUCUUCUCGGAGACCGCUGCGGUGUUCUUCCCCAGCUACGCCAAGACGCCAGAGUUUAUUGACAAGUUCACCAACAUCAUGAUGACCUUUAUGGCGUACACAAACGAGAUUGACUUCUGGAAGCACGAGGAUGUGGAUUACAUCGCCUUGUCCCAUGCAAACCUGAACGUGGACAAUGCCUACUAUUGGCGGGACGAGGCGGGGAAGCUGUGCUGUGGGGUCCUGGACUGGGGUGGCUUCGGGCGCAGCUGUCUGGGCCACAAGGUUUGGUGGUACCUGAACUGUUCCGAGUUCGAGCCCUUGCAGGAGAAUUUGAAGCACUUCUGCAAGAGCUUCGCGGAUUCGUACCGACAAACUGGCGGUCCAGCCUUGGACGUUGACACACUGGAAAGGAUGGUCCGGCUCACCUCACUGGGGAACUUGUCCUAUAUGGUGUCGGCGGUGCCGGACUGCUUGCGCCAGAUCCCGGCCCAGGACUGGGCCAGCAUCAAGGACCGCUAUGAUCCCCGCAUUGACGGGAAUCUCGGGGGCAAGAGCACGCUGAGGACCACCCUGCGUGUCAUGGACAACGGGCUGCGAAUGAUCCAGGAGGCUGGCACUGAUGCGGACCUGCAGUGGUUCAUCGAUGAGAUUUGGGUCAAGCGCUAUGGGCAGACGCCCAAAUCACGCCUGCAAUACUUCAUCGAAGCGAAGGAUCGAUUUCACGAGCCCCUCAAGCAGAGUUGUCGGGGUGAGGGCGAGGCGCUCGCGUGCCUCACGCGACAGCACCAAGUCAACAACUUCACGCAGCUUUUGGCUGCGGACCUCCGCUCCAGGAGGCCCCAGCCGCCCUCCGGUGGCUCAUGCCUCCAAGAGCCAGUGGCGUUGGCACCGGCGCCCGAGCAUCACGUGGAGCCCGUGGCGCGGGCGUCCCCAGAGCCCACGUCGCUAUCCUUCUCCCCGUCCCCUCCGUCCCCUGAGCCGCCGGAGCCGCCGGAGCCGAAUGCGGCGCCUUCGGCGCCGAAGGCAGUGAGUCUGCUGCUGUUGGCGCAGAACGUGGACAUGGCAAGGCUCUGCGCUCAGAGCGGCCUGGCGGCCGCCUUCCGGCAGGCCAUCCAGCAGGAUCUCGCGGAGGAGUUGGGCCAGGGCCUGCGGCCAGAGGACGUCGAGGUGCGAUUGGGGGCUCAGUCUGCAGCGUUGCCGGUGGUGGUGACACCGCCCCAAAGCGGCAGCCUCACUCCGCAUCAUUUGCACAGCUUGCUGUCCACCACGCAGCUGCGGUGGGCUGCGGUUAGCCGCUUGUCGGGCUUGGACAGCUUCGGCUCCGUUUGCUUGGGUGCCUCCUGGGGCCUCUGCAGCGUGGGCAUGCCCUCCAUCGUGUCCCCGUCCUUGGCAGAUGCGGAAGAUCCCCCAGCAGAGGAGCACAGCCCCGCCCUGCCGCGCUCGCUGCAGCGCAGCGUCCACACGCCCCGUGAUUCCCAGGACGCGAAUGAGGCGAAAGCAAAGGCAAAGGCCAGGCGAGUGCUGCCCAAGCAGAAGGCCAUGGCCAAGGUGAAGCGAACUCCUGCCCGGGAGACGCUUCACCCGAACCGGGAGAACUGCCCGGUGAGACAGCUGAACUUUUCAGGCAUCGACGUGGGGUUGUACCAGCCCCUCUGGCUGGGAGAAGAUGACAAAGAGCACAGCGGCCUCUUCUUGGCCGAGCCCAGCCCGAGUCCUCCAAAGCAAAGCGCAGAGGCUGACGUGCCGAGGGAUCACGCGGUGGUGACGCAGCCACGGCAGCCUUUCGUGGAGCUCCCGACGCCUUCGAAGACCCCAGAACGGCGUCAGAAGUCGCAGGCGCUCCAUGACGCUACAAACUCCUCGGAUGAGGAGUUCCAGUUCGAGGAUCCUGCCGCCCCCACACCCGGGAGAACUCCGCCUAGGAGCGUGGAGAAGCCGAAGACGGGAGUCGAGCAGCCGGCCAGCGCCGCGCGGCCGUCUGCGACAGCUUCGGCUUCGCGGCGGCCCUCCAGAGAGGCCGCAGGCCAAAGCAAGUUGGCGGCAGAGGCGAAGGCUGCACCUCGAAUUUCGCUCACACCGCCCCCAGAGCUGCCUGCCCCCACACCCGCCCCCGCGGCCGCACCGCCCGUGCCCACCCCUGCGCCCACCCCUGCGCCCACCCCUGCGCCCACCCCUGCGCCCACCCCAGCGCCUGUGGCGGCUCCGUCAGAGCCGGUGACAAGAGUGCCAGAGCCGACAGCUGCUGCACCCAGGCCAGCAUCGCCAGCGUCGCCAGUCUCUACGGGUCCAGCGCAUGAAGAGAAGACGCCGGCACAGGCGCCACAAAGAGCAGAGACGGAGGUGAUCCGAGCGGACUCAGACGAGGACGAGGAAGAAUCAGAAGACUCUGAGGAGAGCGAAUCUGAGGAGUCGGAUGCCGAGAGCUCCCACGGCGGCGGCGCCGCACGGCGGAAGUCCACCUCUUCGGAGGUGAAGAACAUUUUGGGCGAGCUGAACGUCAGUGACAGCGAGGAGGAGGAGCCACCGGCAAAGAGGCCGCCGGUGCGGACCCGGGCAGAGAGCCUCAUGACCUUGCUCACCGGACCGGGCACGGAAUGUAGCGCCAGUGGGGCCGCUAUGCAGAAGACCCUGAUGACUCAAGAGCAGCAGCUCUUUCAGGAGCUCGCCGGCGCGCCCAAGAAGAAGGCGAUGACGGCAAGGACCAAGUCGAAUCUCUCCUUCGUGAAGCAGCACAAGCCGGAGCUCUUCAAGAAGCGGGAGGACCAGCAGGAGAGCGUGGUGCCACCGGGCUUUAAGCCCUUCGGGGAGGAGGGCUGGCUGCACAACCCGGACACUGGCAUUUUCAUCGAGCCCUGCGGGGGCAAGCUGUGGUUUGACCCGGAGGCCAAGGAGUAUCGGGAGCUCUUCGAGGGCUCUUCGCAGCCACUGGUGGCCAAUGGGGGCGCCGCCACCCUGGGCGCCGCCGCUGCCAAGCAUUUGUUCAUCCCGGACUUGCACCGGACCGCUCAGGCGCUGAAGGCCGACCUGGGCCAUUUGGAUCGCCCGGCUGCUCUCCUGGCUCUUCUGGACCCGGCUGCCACGCCGCCCCACGAGCGCCUCAUCCGGCGCCUGGCCGCCGCGCGGGGUGAGUGGUCGCCGGAGGCGACAGCGUCGGCGGUGUCGGCGGUUCUCGACUCCUGCGCGGGUAGUGACGCUGGCAUCUCCUUGGCGCUGGUGGUAGGCCAAAGAGCCUUCGCCGGCGCUGCUCCGGGGAGCGCAAGCAGCCGCGCGCGGUGUUGGCGGGUCACCGAGUCCGGAGCCCAGGCCACCAAGGAGGUGCUGUCGCACGACUUCGCGGAGAGUGGACCGGCGCAUUUGGUCCUGGCCAUCGGGGAGCUCGGCGACCUGGAGAUGAGAGACAUCGUCCUGCCCCACCUCUCGCAGGGCAGGCCAAGGGCGGCCAGCCUGACCUUGCUUCGGCGAAGUGGCAGUGCCGCCAGCGUGGGCUGCAUGAGGCUGGCUGCCCAUGGCGCAGGGGCCACCCUGUCUGGGCAACCAGCCGCAAAGCGCCAGCGCGUGGUCGGGGUAGACGCGAGAGAGGUGCCUGGCCGCGUGCGAGUGCGGCAGAUCCUCCUGCGAACCUGGCGAGGGGGCUCCGCACCGAAGCCUGAGGAUCCCGUGCGGCGCAAGUCGGUCCAGCGGAGCCAGGAGGAGGCGGAAGGAGAGAUGCUGAAGGUGAUGGAUGGGCUGCUUGAAUCCAAAGAUGGUGCAAGCCUGGCCAAGAACUUCACCAGCGCCUGCCGUGUCACCUCCGAGUGCCCGUCCUCGCUGCAAGGGGGGGAGCUCGCGGGGGACCUGGGCUGGCUCGACAAGGACAAGGGCAUCGAUGCGAAGCGUGCCAACGGAAAGAUGGUCAGGCCGGCGGUGCCGGCCCCUGUGCUGCGGGUCGCCUUUGAGCUGGAGGUGGGCGAACUGAGCGACCUGGUCUCUUCCGAGGUAGGUGUUCAUUUGCUGCUCCGCUCAGCGUGACGGGGCGGUGUCGGAGCUCCAAGGACAGAGUUGAAAAGCGGCCGCCUGGAG